AGCAGAAAGGUGGGGCACGAAUCAAGUCACAUGACGGGGCGGCGGGAGCCGCCGGGAUGUGUAGUCCGCAGAAGUCCGGCAUGAACGCAGCGAGCGUGAGGAUGGUGACCCGCAGCAGGAGCCGGGGACCCAGGGCUGGGCCGCGAGGGGGUGGGCAGGAGGCCGCGCCGCUCCGGACGGGAGCGGUGGCUGCAGAUGGAAGGGAAAGCGAGAGCUCUGCGAAGCGUCAACGGAAGGCACAAAGACUACAUGUGGCCUAUGAGGGCUCACAUCGUGAGAAAGGAGAGGGCACCGAGCCCCUCAAGGCCCCGGGGUGGGAGCCUCAGGACUGGCAGCGGCAGCUGGCGAACAUACGCACCAUGAGGAGUGGGAAGGAUGCGCCUGUGGACCAGCUGGGGGCUGAGCACUGCUAUGAUCCCAGUGCACCCCCAAAGGUGCAGAGGUACCAGCUGCUGCUGUCACUGAUGCUCUCCAGCCAGACCAAAGACCAGGUGACAGCAGGCGCCAUGCAGCGGCUGCGGGCCCGGGGCCUGACAGUGGACAGCAUUCUGCAGACAGAUGACAACAUUCUGGGCACCCUCAUCUACCCCGUGGGCUUCUGGAGGAACAAAGUAAAAUACAUCAAGCAGACCAGUGCCAUCCUGCAGCAGCGCUAUGGCGGCGACAUCCCAGCCUCCGUGGAAGAGCUGGUGGCACUGCCAGGUGUUGGGCCCAAGAUGGCUCAUUUGGCCAUGGCAGUGGCCUGGGGCACUGUGUCAGGCAUUGCAGUGGACACGCAUGUGCACAGAAUUACCAACAGACUCAGAUGGACCAGGAAGGAGACCAAGACCCCGGAGGAGACCCGAGCUGCCCUGGAGGAGUGGCUGCCCAGGUGCCAACAGGGAGCUGUGGAGCGAGAUCAAUGGACUGUUGGUGGGCUUCGGCCAGCAGACCUGUCUGCCUGUCCACCCACGCUGCCAGGCCUGCCUCAACCGGGCCCUGUGCCCAGCUGCACCGGGGCCCUGAGGGCCCAGGAGCCUCUCCCCAGCUGCUUCGCUGUCUGUCAUGUGCCUUCGCUGGGGAGCCCGAAGCCUGUUUAUAAUAAAGUUUAGGGGUUGUUUGCA